AUGUACUUUGGUACGAAUUCGGCGGAAGUAAACAUAGAGUGUGAAUUUCUACGGCUCCUCAAGAUUUCAGCGUUUCUCUUAGGCCUUGGCACUAUUGGGUUUCUGUGCGUAAGCGUGGGGCUAAGUAGGCUCACACCAGAGCUCCCUCCUUCUGCUGUGGCUGACCAGCCGCUGAAGCUUCUACCUGAGGAACGUCUCCGGAACCUCUUUACCUACGAUGGAAUCUGGCUGUUCCCGAAAAACCAGUGCAAAUGUGAAGCCCCCAAAGGGCAGGGAGGCUACAACUUCCAGGAUGCCUAUGGCCAGAGUGAACUCCCUGCGGUGAAAGCGAGGAGGCGGGCUGAAUUCGAACACUUCCAGAGGAGAGAAGGGUUGGCCCGUUCACCGCCGCUGCUGGCUCAGCCCAACCUCCCCUUUGGGUACCCGGUCCAUGGGGUAGAGGUGAUGCCCCUGCACACGGUUCCCCUCCCAGGCCUUCAGUUUGAAGGACAAGACGCCCCCUUCUAUAAGGUCACGCUGACAGCGUCUCUGGGGACCCUGAACACCCUUGCUGACGUCCCGGCCAGUGUGGUGCAGGGCAGAGGUCAGAAGCAGCUGACCGUUUCGACCAGGAACCGGCAGCUUUUGAAUUUCGUCCUCCAGCACCUGACCUACACCAGCACCGUGUACCAGCACCCCAGGGUGGAUGUGGUGAGUCUGGAGUCCAAGUCCUCAGUCACCAGAUUUCCAGUGACCAUCCGCCAUCCUGUCAUGCCCAGGUUGUAUGACCCUGGACCAGAGCGGAAGCUGAGAGACCUGGUGACCAUCGCCACCAAAACUUUCCUCCGUCCCCACAAGCUCAUGACCAUGCUCCGGAGCAUUCGGGAGUUCUACCCAGACUUGACCGUGAUCGUGGCCGAUGACAGCAAGGAGCCCCUGAAGAUUAACGACGACCAUGUGGAGUAUUACACCAUGCCCUUUGGGAAGGGCUGGUUCGCCGGUAGGAACCUGGCCAUCUCUCAGGUCGCCACCAAAUACGUUCUCUGGGUGGAUGAUGAUUUUCUCUUCAACGACAAGACCAAGAUUGAGGUGCUGGUGGAUGUCUUAGAGAAAACGGAACUGGACGUGGUGGGUGGCAGUGUGCUCGGGAACGUGUUCCAGUUUAAGCUGUUGCUGGAGCGGAGUCAGAAUGGGGACUGUCUUCACCGGAGGCCGGGCUCUUUCGGACCCCUGGAUGGCUUCCCCCGCUGUGUGGUGACCAGCGGCGUGGUCAACUUCUUCCUGGCCCACACAGAGCGACUGCAGAGAGUUGGCUUCGACCCCCGCCUGCAGCGAGUGGCUCACUCAGAGUUCUUUAUUGAUGGGCUCGGGAGCUUGCUUGUGGGGUCGUGCCCAGAAGUGAUCGUAGGUCACCAGGCCCGUUCUCCAGCGGCGGACCUGGAGAAGAUGUACAGCGCGUUCCGGACCAACACCCACGACCAGAUCCAGUUCAAGCUGGCUCUCCAUUACUUCAAGAACCAUCUCCAGUGCUCCACAUAAAGGUGCCCGAGCAUCAGGAAUGCUCUAGACGUACCCGUCGUGGGACCCAGAACAGCGGGACUGGUGCUGGGGAUACCCAAGUAUAGACUCCUGAGAAGACGGAUGUUGGAAAGAAUAAGCCAGCGGGUGGGGCAGAUGGGUCAGGCUCAGGGACGAGAAAUGCCCGUCAGAGCCUAAGGGUCGUUAGAAAGGGACCAACCCCCGAUAGGGGCAAUAGAGGCGUAUCAACAACAGUCAUUAUUUGUUUGUAGGACCCGUUACCAGUUAGGGACACACAGCAUCUCGCAUCGUCUCAUUUGACCUCACGCAAAAGAGUCCAUGGUGGGUUGUAUCCUUGGUCGAAAGAGUGGCUGCUGGGGUU